AUGACGGAACAAGCCUCCGACCAUCUCAUCCCAUCGCAACACCUCCCCACUCUCUCGCCCUACCCUCCGCCUUCCCAACUCCGAACCUCCCUUGAUCGUCUUCAACGUCUAGUCGCACCUCAUCAAAUCAUCUUUGAUCUGCGCUCUACAUCAUCAGGCCUGAAACCAUCCCUCAAUCAGGAUCUCGCGACUUUGGACGCUUUCGAACUGACCUACACUCGACAAUGGCUUGAGCGACUCGUCUCCCUCGGUUCGAGACGACUUGUUCUGGUGGAGGACGAGGAAGAGGUAUUGGAGUGGGAGGGUUUGGUGGAGGAUGGGUCUUAUGUGUUGGGGAGGUUGAUGGGUGGGAGUGGUGAGUUAGGCUGCUCGUGGUGAGCUUUGCAAUUGGCAUGGGAUGGGUCAAGAUCGUGUCCCUUCCCCGCGACGACUGACCUUCAUUCUCCUCCAUUUGUGGGUAUGCAGCGUCAGGAGGAUCCGAACAAGUUUUCCUCCUCCCAUCACCACUAGGACAAGAAUUCGAACCUCUCCGUAUCCGAAUACGAGAAACGACCCUCCUCUCCAACUCGACCGGUUUCAGAACCUGGGGAUCCGCCACACUGCUCGCCCAACGGAUCGCUUCGAACCCAUUCGACUACUUACCCACGACGACGACGACGAUGACGACCAGCUCUGAUUCUGAACCCGUCGCCGCUGUUAGAAUUUUGGAAUUGGGAAGUGGGACAGGUCUGGUAGGUUUGACCCUGAUCGCGACGCUCUCGGCUUUGGGGAUUCGUUCCAAAGUGGAUUUAACGGAUCAUGAAGAUUCGGUUCUGGACAACCUGCGGCGCAAUUCGGAUAGGUUCAGUACGGAGGAGCUCGAUGAGGAGGAGGAGGUCGUGGGGAGUAGGGUUUCGAAACUUGAUUGGUCGGAUCAUCAGUCCGCUUUGGGGUCCAUAAGGUCCCAUAGUAAGGAGGGGGGUAGGAAAGUGUACGAUCUGAUCGUCGCCGCGGACGUGAUUUACGAACCCGAUCAUGUUGGAUUGAUACACUCGACCGUGGCGGCAUUACUUCGCCAACCUGAUCCACGGUCAACUACGACUAGGUUCGGGGAAGGGGGUACGUUCCAUCUUGCUCUUCCUCUGAGAAGCACACAUGGCCUCGAGAUGGAAGCGUUCGAGAAGACUUUUCCUCGAGUGAGCAGUGAGCGUGAUGGAAGAGAGGAGAGUGGUGGUGGCGGUGGGGAGGCGUGGAGGUUAGCCGUUGUGAGUGAGGAGUUGAUCAGGGCGGAGAAGGGGGAUGAUGGCUUUGAAUCGGGUAAUGGGGUGGAAGAGUAUCGGCUGGUAAGGAUCCGAUGGGACUCAGGCGAACAGGUGAAAGGGGUUGGGGUGGGGAGUGUGUUUUUAGGGGUCGCAGAUCCUGAGUAUUGUUGUAUUACAUUGAAUGUCUGA